CCUAUAUAUUUAUCAGGGAGCCUAUGUUGCAGAUUCUAAGAAACAAGGGCGAGAGGAGCAGAGGAGUUUCCGUUAUCCAUUAUCUUUCUCUAUCUAGCAAUAGCCAUCUCUCAUCUCUCUCUAGAAAUUCUCAGAUAAUCUCUUAUCUUUCGAAAUCAAAUUAAUUAGGGUUUUUGCGAAUCUCUCUUGUUCGAAUUUGAAUCCCUGUGUUUUGCAGCCAUGGUUUCCGAUUCGAUCAACGCUUCCAUUCCUUAUGCUCCUAAGGAUUUCGGCAAGAAGAAGAAGGCGAACCGUUCUGCCAAACUGAAGCAGUGCAAGCUUGAUGCUCGUCGCGAGCAAUGGCUAUCUCAAGUUAAGAACAAAGGAAGCAAGGAAGAACCGAGUGGCCAACAAGUGUCCCCGUGCGACAACGAGAGAAAGAAUGCUACAGAGAAUUUGGAGACGAAGCGAAGAGGAAGAGGAGAUGAAGAUGAGAAGGAAAAUGGUACGAUCUAUCACGAUUUCGAUUCUGACUCCCCUUCCCACAGUCCGGCUGGCAGCAGCGUUCUCAGCGGCACCGAUGCUGGCACCAAUUUCUCGGGCUCCUCCCGCAGCAGCAGUAGUAGCAGCAGUGGUGGCUGUUGCUCUGGCAGCAUUACAGAGGAGGAAGAAGAAGAAGCGGAUGAUGAUUGCUUGGACGAUUGGGAGGCUGUGGCUGAUGCUUUAGCUGCCAAUGAUGAUAACAAGCAAGAAAAUCGAAACGACAAUCCGUGUCCAUGCCUGGUGACGGAGUCCUCCCUGCAAAUUGAACAUGGUGUUCGAUCAGAUUCUAGUUCCAAUAAUUUGGGUUCUACUUGUGAGGAUUUGAAGCAAGAGGGCCCAAGAAAGGCACUACCUAGACUGUCUCCUGGGAAUAGCCGGGCGUGGAGGCCGGAUGAUGCAUUUCGCCCACAGAGUCUUCCUAAUUUGUCGAAGCAGCGGAGCUUUCCAAAUGCAGAGGGGCAUCGUGGACAGGGUGGAUUCCCGUGGCAUUGUUCAAAAGCUGUUAACGUGCCUUCUUCCUGCCCUAUAUGUUGCGAGGAAUUGGAUGUCACAGAUACGAGUUUCUUGCCCUGCAUAUGCGGAUAUCGGCUUUGCCUCUUUUGUUACAAUAGAAUACUGCACGUGGAGGAUGGGCGCUGUCCAGGUUGUAGGAAGAACUAUGAGGGCAAUGCUGAGGAGGCAGAGCUGAGCGUGAAUGGAGGUAGCCUGAGUUUUAGGUUGUCUCGUUCUUAUAGCAUGGUCGCUAGGUCUUAGGAGGAUGAACCUAUGUUUUGUUGAAUUGCAUAUGUUGGGUUUAUCGCUCCCCUUUAUCUCGACUUGCAUGUUCUGUUUUAGACUCAGUUUCGUAGAUACUUCUUGUUGCGGGGGUAUAGCUGGUUGUCUUUUGGCACCCGGAAUUGAUUUACUUAUCGUAUGGGCUUUGUUCUUAUCUGUUUGGUGCAUAUGUUGAUGUAGGGAACUCAAUGUUUUGGUCUGUGAAUACAUAAGGCGGUAUAGAAAUACAUAAAAAAAAUUUACAAUA